AUGUACGACGCCACAGUUGUCGAUGAAGAACCAAUCACGUACUUUAUGUAUGAUAGUCUGAAACACUCUUGCCUAAAAGGAAAUCACAUAGUCAACAGCCUUUCUUUCUCAAAAGCCUAUGGGAUGAUUGCUUACCCCACAGAAGUGGAGGGCCUUGCAACAGAACUUCUCGAAGUUCAAGACAACAUACCUAUCUGUGCUUCUAUCAUUUCACAGCACGUUGACCUUCACUCUUCAGUUGUGGGACCUGAAUGGGUUCUUGAACGAGUCAAAGAUCCUGGAGAAGGUGCUGUACAAGGUGGAGAAGGUGCAAUUUACUUGUGGGCAACGCUACCGGAGAAAUACGUUGAUGAUGUCAAGGUUGUCCACUGGCUGGCUAACAUGCAUGGGGUGGUUGUGAUCCCAGGAACUGCAUGUGGGUGCCCGAGGCACUUAAGAAUUUCCUCUGGUGGGCUGAUAGAGGAUAACCGUAGAGCAGCUGCCGAGAGGCUGAAGAGAGGAUUAGAAGAACUGGUGAAAGAUGGAAUGGUGCAUUAA